AUGGAAAGUGGCAUCAAGAGCUUGGCAUUGAGUGUCUCCUUGUGUUGGCGUAAGAGGUUUCGAUCUUCCAAGUUCCACCGUUGCCCUCUUUCCUCUCUCUCCCUCUCCAUCAAAUUCCAAGUUUUCAAUCUUCAUUUUUUCGAGGAUCUCGACAUCUCGUCACGGAGGAGACCAGAAAAGCGGAGCCCAACGCUGGCAGCGGCGGCGAAGGCAACAGCCGACGAGGAAGAAGGAGAGCAGAUUGUGUUGUUCGCUGCUUGGGGGGAGGAGGAGGAGGCGACGGAUCUGCUGGCGUCGGAGGCCGAGCGCGCGCUCUCGAUCGAGGAGGCCGUCAAGGCGCUGCUGCAGGGCCUCGGAGAGGAUCACGAGCGAGAAGGCCUCCGGAGGACGCCGCAUCGCAUGGCCGAGGCCUUCCGCGGAGGAACCAGAGGGUACAAACAAAAGGCGAAAGUGCAGGGUGCCUUGUUUCCAGAAGCUGGACUGAAUCCGGGAGUCGGCCAUGCAGGAGGGGUUGGUGGGCUAGUGGUUGUUCGCGACAUCAACCUGUUGUCCUACUGUGAGUCUUGCUUGCUUCCAUUUAGCAUCAAGUGCCAUGUUGGCUAUGUGCCAUCCGGAGGGCGUGUCGUCUGCCUGCGUAAGCUGUCGCGAGCUGCAGAUGUAUUUGCAAGGAGGUUUCAGGAUCCUAAAAGACUAGCAAGUGAAGUUUGUGCAGCAUUGCAUAACAGCAUUAACCCGGCCGGUGUUGCUGUCUCUCUUCAAUGUUGGCACAUGAAAUUUAGUCAUUUGUGUGACACCAAUUUUACUCAUUCGACCAUAUCAGAUAUGCAAAGUUGGGGAACAGUUUUAGCUUCUUCCAGGUCUGGAGUUUUUAAGGAAGGGAAGAACUCUUUGUGGGAUGAUUUCACUUCUCUUCUGAUACUAAGUGGUGCAAUCAUCGAAGGAGGAGAUACAAACCAUUCUCAACGGCAGAAAAUGAAGUUUGUUGUUCUUUAG